AUGGUUCAGCCUCAGGAAGUGAUACUUUGCGCUGUUGGUCCCUCCUCGCCGGCCAGCGGAGCGGGUGGGAUAUACAUCCAUGACCUACAAACUGGGACGACUCUGGCAUCUUUCAAGCAGACCUCUGCUCCUGUGCACUGUACUACGUUUGCUCCGUCUACCCAAGGGCAGGGUGGGGUCCUUCUCGCUGCUCAAUCAGAGAAGACACUCGUGCACGCAUAUAGCUUUCAGAAGGAUCAGAUAAUGUUGCGCAUUGCCGUUCCCGAGAAACUUUCGUGCCUGGCUAUUGAUCGGCAAGGCCGGUUCUGUGCCGGAGGAACAUCACAAGGCCGACUCUAUUUAUGGGAGGUUUCCUCGGGUAUAUUGUUUGCCGCUUUCGAUGCGCACUACCGUGCAGUCAAUGUUGUGCGGUUCUCGGACGAUGGGACGGCUCUAGCGACAGGGAGCGAGGAUUCAGGAGUCAGCGUCUGGCUCAUUUCUAGUUUACUGGAUAACGAGCUACAAACUGGGCUCCCUAUGCCGUACUGGAUGCCGACAGACCACACGCUUGCUGUAAUGGACUUGCAAUGGGGCAUGGGUGCCUUCCCCGGCUGUAGGUUAUUCACAGUAUCACUUGACUCGACAUGCAAGAUCUGGGACAUCACCACAAAAACCCUCAUGACCACAUUCGUCUUCCCCUCCCCCCUGUCCUUCAUCGCAGUCGAACGAACAGAACGAACGUUCUUCGCAGCCUCUGCGGAAGGCGAAAUCUUCCAGAUGAACCUCUUUCGACAACGACCAGGCGCGUCGGGCUUUCGAAUGGAGGCUGUUGGAGGCGGCGGUGGAGCCGAGGCUAUACGGCUGGGCGAAGGGGGAGAUGAUAUCCGAAAGAUGAAAUCUGAGCAACCUCUUAGAUCCCUCACCAUCUCUCUUACGUCGGCAAUGUUACUCGCCGGCACAAUCGAUGGGUCCAUCCUAAUAUACGAUAUCCCCUCACAUCAGCUUAUCCGCUCACUUAACGUGCACAAAGGGUACACAAUAGACAUGGUUGCCACCCUCCUGCGACCUCCUGAUCUGCUGGGGCAUGCACCUUUAGGCUUCGGGAAUAAAGAGGAGCAGAUACCCAUUUUGCCUAUCGCGGCCUUCCAACGGGUCAAGGACCAGAGAGCAAGGGAACGGCAUGAUGUGCCGAUGAUGUUGCUUGCCCUUGACGAGGUUUGCAUCCUACCUUCCAUUUCUGACCAAGUGCAGCAACAUCACUCGUACUUCCUCUCGGACCUGCCCUCUUCAGCUCCGGACGGGUCGGUCGCUUCCCUGCAAACGCGGGUAUCAGACCUCGAGAACGAAGUAGCCAAGCUGCGGGGACAGCUGGGACGGGCAAAAGGCGUCAAUGACACCAUGUGGGAGACGGUUGUGCGGAGUGUGCUGAAGGGAGAGAAGGACGGGAUUAAUGGCGACGAACACGGUCCUGAGGAAGGGAGGAGGAAGAGACAACGGGUUGCAGCGGCCUGA